GGCUAUCGUAUUCAUCAUUGUAGCCAUUUUCGUAUUUAUCAUAUCCUUUUUUGGUUUCUACGGUACAUACAGAGAGAGUACUAGUAUAAUUAUGACGUUUUCAAUUAUUCUAUCAACAGUUUUUAUACUUGAAUUUAUAACAUUAGUAACUGCCUAUACUCUCCAGGACGACGUAAAUUAUUAUUUAAGCAAAAAAAUGGAGGACACCAUGAAACAAUACUACAAAAAUCCUGCUGCCCAAAAUACAAUUGAUAACUUACAACAAAAUUUAAAGUGCUGUGGAUACGAUGGGCCAGAUCAGCUGAUGAAAAUAGUUGCUUAUAAAUCAGUGAUACUCAUAGAAGUUUAUCCAUCCUCAUGCUUUGAAUGUGAAAAUUCCAAGUGCCAAGCCCAACUUUUUACCCAAGGCUGCCAUCAAACAUUGGCUGAUAUUGUUAAUGACAAUACAGUCUCCCUUAUCACUGGAGUCACGAUAAUUAUUUUUGUACAGGUUGUGAGCAUAAUGCUUGCUUGCACUCUAGAACGCAUGAUUCACAAACACAAGAUGGAUAGAAACAUGCGCAUGUGUCAAAAGCGAACGACCCGGCAGAACAUAUAUGUACCUUUUGACAAGACCAACCCAACAACUACUUUUCACGCUGUUCAUAUAUAA